AUGGUUUUGGCGUUUUUCAAACCCCAAAUCCGUGUCCCCGUCCCUGUCCCCAGGGGUCGCUCCCCGCAGCCGCCGGCCGAGGAGGAGGAGGAGGAUUUUGACGACUCCCUGGUGGCCGUGGACACCUAUAACUGUGACCUGCACUUCAAGGUGGCGCGGGACAGGUACGGGGGACACCCGCUGACCAUCGAGGGCUUCGCCUACCUGUGGUCAGGGGCCAGGGCCACCUACGGCGUGCGGCAGGGCCGCGUCUGUCUGUCCCCUCAGGUGAUGGAGGAGAUCUCAGUGCAGCACCUGCCGUCCUCGGAGCCCGACCCCCACGUGGUGAGAGUGGGCUGGUCCCUGGACUCGUGCAGCACCCAGCUGGGGGAGGAGCCCUUCUCCUACGGCUACGGCGGCACCGGCCGCAAAUCCACCGACGCCAAAUUCCAGAGCUACGGAGAGACCUUCGGAGAGAGUGACGUCAUCGCCUGCCUGGCGGAUUUUGAGGCGGGCGAGGAGGUGGAGCUGUCGUUCCUCAAGAACGGGCGCUGGCAGGGCGUGGCGUUCCGCGUGCGCAAGGACGCGCUGGCCGGCCGGCCGCUCUUCCCGCACGUGCUGGUCAAGAACUGCGCCGUGGAGUUCAACUUCGGCCAGCGGCCGGAGCCCCUGCGGCCACUGCCCCCCGGCUUCACCCUCAUCCAGCACCUGCCCCUCGGACAGCGCCUGCGCGGCACCCGCGGGCCCAGCAGCAAGGCCGAGUGCGAGAUGUUGAUGAUGGUGGGGCUCCCGGCGGCGGGGAAGACGACGUGGGCGGUGAAACACGCGGCCGCCAACCCCGGCAAGAAGUACAACAUCCUGGGGACAAACGCCAUCAUGGACAAGAUGAGGGUGAUGGGGCUGCGGCGGCAGCGGAACUACGCGGGGCGCUGGGACGUGCUGAUCCAGCAGGCGACGCAGUGCCUGAACCGCCUGAUCCAGAUCGCCGCCCGCAAGCGCCGCAACUACAUCCUGGACCAGACCAACGUGUACGGCUCGGCGCAGCGGCGGAAGAUGCGUCCCUUCCAGGGCUUCCAGCGCAAGGCCAUCGUCAUCUGCCCCACGGACCAGGAGCUGCGCGAGCGCACUGUGCGGCGCACUGACGAGGAGGGCAAGGACGUGCCCGACCACGCCGUGCUCGAGAUGAAGGCCAACUUCACGCUGCCGGAGGCAGGCGAGUUCCUGGAGGCCGUGCAGUUCGUGGAGCUGCCGCGGGCCGAGGCGGCCGCGCUCGUGCGCCGCUACAACCGCGAGGGUCGCAGCCGAACGGGCCCGGAUUGGUCCCGAGGCGCCCCCCGGGGCCGCCCCCCCGCGCGCACGCGCCUGCGGAACCGGCGCUUCGCGGCCCUCAGGGAGCUGCUCCGAGAGGGCGAUUACUUCAGCGAGGAGCGGAUGCGGCUGCGGGCGCCGCGGCUCUUCCAGCACUACAUCGGCCGCUUCCGAGAGCCCCAAAACCCCCGGAACCGGCCCCAAAUCCUCGGGAACGAGCCCAGAAUCCCCUGGAAUGAGCCCAAAAUCCAGUCUGGAGAGGCCCAGAAACUGCGGGAGCUGCUGCUGAGCUCGCUGGGAGAGAGCCCGGCCGAGGAUGAGGAGGAGGAGGAGGAGGAGGAGGAGGAGGAUGAGGAUGAGGAGGGUGAGGAGCGGAUCCCGGAUGCGGCCGAGCAGGAAUUGCUGCGCCUGGAAUUCACCACCCGGAUGUACCAGAGCUUCCUGGAGGGCCAGGACGGGGAUUUCGACUACAGCCAGGUGGACGAAAACCCGGAUCUGGACAAUCUGGACAUCGUUUCCCGGGAUUUGGAGGAUCGAUAUUUCGAUGAGGAGGAGCCCAGCGAGGCCCCCCAGCUGGACUAGGGACCCCCAGAAUUCCCAAAAUUCCAUCCCAGAAUUCCCAGAAAUAAAUGGGAUCCCCCCACCCCAAGGAAUCUCC